CAACAAAGUAUCAAUUUUUAUUUUUCGUUCCUCAUGGCAUCGCUCGACACGUUGACGCGGUAAGCAGCAUGGUGUCGCUACCCACAUGCAACAACCAACCCGCUAAUUAUCUGCACUCCACAGGAAGCUCGAGGAGACCCAUGUAGAGAUCAUCCAGGUUCGGCGUGAGGUGGUGGAAGCCUUGCGCUCCUUCUACGCGUCGUCGUCGGCCAUCACUGUGGACGAAGCUGUCAAGAUCGCGGCCAAAUGGGGCGCGUCACAUGCAUUUCCUAUGACCGGUGACGACGCUGACGCAUCAGAUCUUCAGGAGAAAAUGCGGCGCCUAAACGUUGCAUUGCUGGACGCUGUGGACCGCUUGCAGCUGGACGAGAGUGGUGAGAUGGCUCCCGAGGCGCAGCUACUGCUGUCCUUAACGCAGCGAGAGCGGCUCAAGAAGCAGGUGCAGCAGUCCAAAACCAUGCUAGCACUCAUUGAGCAGCUCACGGAGAUGGACCGGCUACUAGGAGAUGUGGACGAAGCUAUCGACCACCAGUGCUUCGUUGCGGCAGCUGAAGGAGUUGCAGAAGUCGAGAGAUUGGUGAACGAGCUUGCGAAGUCUGAGAAUGGACAAGGAGGCAAUGUGGAUGAUAAGAAGAUCAUACGAGUAGUGAAGCUGCAGCUGUUGAGCAAGAAGAACCGGUUGUUGAAUCAACUUACGAGGUAUUUUUCGUGUACUGCGGUGUGGAAGGAUAACGCGUUGAGGGUGACGGCAGAUUUACCCGAAAUGGAGCUUGAAGGGACGAAAUUGUCGAUGGAAGAACGACGUACAGACUUCUGGAAGGCCUGUGAGGUGCUGGAUAUCCUGGCGCCAAAGAUGAAAGACAUUGUCAAGGCCAUUACGCUUCACCUCAUUAAGCCAAUGCUACAGAUACCACAUGGAACACUAAAGCAGAUUCGAGAUGAAAGCGGCGUGACGCUUAAAGUUGUGGUGCAGAAUCCUAAGGAUGCGUCAGAUGACAGCGAAGUAGCGGAGGUGCAGAGCAAAUGUGCCAACGUUGUGAGCGUGCUCCAGUUUGUACACACGGAGUUGUUUGCGGGCAAUGCUGAGCUUAUGCAUCAGCUUGGAGACUUCAUGUGGAAGAUCCCAGGUAACCUUGAAGCUCAGCUCAUGAACCUGCUACAGGAUAAAAUUCCCCAGGAUUCUGCGGCGCUGGAGGAGUACCGAGGUGUGCUGGCGACUGCUGUCACAAGGUUGGAGAAUACGUUAGUAGCGAUCGGCUUCUCGGCUUGCAGCAAUAGCCAACUGCGAGGCUUUGUCGACCAACUCAAUCAAUUACACUCGAAAAAGCGCCGACAAGUAAUCUUGAGCAACGGGCGUGACAUGAUGCGUCGCGAUUAUCGUGAUUCAGUGAAGAUUAAUGGCGCCUCUGAGAAAUGCAGUCUUACUGCCUCUGUUGGUUCAGGCAAGAAGGGUAAAUACACUGGCAAGGGAGGCAGUGGAUCGAGCUCUUCGCCCGUCAGUGCGAGCACGGAUGAGGUUGAAAGCAGUUGCUUCCAGGUCCCAGACUACAGAGUGACUGUUUGCGCGCGUGAAGUGGUAGAGUUGGCACAUCAAACACUCGUUGAGGCAUGCACUUCCGGGGCAUCAAGCGCGAAUUUGCUCUUCCAGACAGCUCGUGAUCUGUUGUUCCUGUUCCGUACAAUUGUGCCCACGCUAUACGAGGAUGAUAUUGCGAACGACUCGCGGACUUGUAUGCUGUAUCAUAACGAUUGCCUCUACAUCACGUACCACAUGGUGAUGAUCGGACAUCUCUACAAGCAUCGACUUCCGGCGCCGCUGAAUCAAACUGCAACAAUGGUGGACAUGAUCCCUUCAUUCCGAGACGCCGGUGAGAGAGCAUUGACUUCAUACACCGCUGCUCAAAUUGAGGAGGUUUUGUCCGGACUGAAGACUCUGCCGGUAUGACUGCAAGUACGUUAGAAUCAUUGGAUCGUGUGAACUGACCUGCAAGCGCUGUGUUUUUUUAUGGGUAGUCACUUGGUGCUCUUGAUUCGGAGUAUGAUACGGAACGCGUCGAGAGCUUUCUGAAAAGCGCUUUGUACAAGCUGAACGGAAUGAGCUCUUCGUGGCAAGAAGGGCUGCCACUAGCGGUUUACAACAAAGUCAUGUCAAGGAUGGUGGAACCGCUUGUAAAGAACUUUGUGGAUGGCGUGCUCACUCAGACAGUUUGUGGCUUUGUUGUAUGCGUACGUUGGUUUAAUGAUCUUCUACUAACUGCUACUGUGAACUGUUUAAUAAUCCUAGAAAAUUUCUGAAAACGCUGGAGCUCAUCUCCACCACUUGCUGUCAUUGCUAGUGGAGUCUGAGACACUGUUUAUAUCCCCUGCUCAAGCUGCGAAAUAUGUUCCGAGUAUCGGGAGGUUAUCGAAACUGACUGCGAUCUUGGUAUGUAUUUUAUUUUUUCGUAGUUCAAGUGUACGGGAUGGUAUAACGUGCAUAUAUAUUACAGAUGGAUCCGCUCACAACAGUUCGCGAGAAAUUCGACAGUGGCAGUUUAGACUCGUUCUCUUCGAAUGAGCUGGCGGUACUCGUGAGGUCUCUAUUCCGCGAGUCCCCAGAGAAGAAAGCGUUUUUGCAGGAACUACUAGCGGCUUGAUAAUACAAAGACACUCAGCAUUUUUGCAGGGAAAUUCGGUCGUUCUAUUGUAUUUUUCAUUUAUUAUUUAUUGUGUAUACAUACCUCUUCUACAC